AAGCGAGGUUCGGGGACCGUGACGGGGGCACGGUGCAGGCAAGGGUGACGGCCCCCGGAGAGGCCCAAAGGAGGAGAACUCGCGAGAGUCUAGGGAGACCGGGACAGAUGGGUGAGGACAAGGUCAAUCCCGAACGGGAGCUCAACUUUCAGAAGAGAGACGCCCCAGCAAGACUCUUUCGGGGAGUCCUCCGGCUACUCACCUCCAUGGGCCAGACGGCCCUGGCAGGGGGCAGCAGCAGCAGCAGCAGCAGCACCCCCACCCCACACGCCCUGUACCCUGACCUCUCUUGUCCAGAGGGCUUGGAGGAGCUGCUGUCUGCGCCGCCUCCUGACCUGGGGGCCCAACGGCGCCACGGCUGGAACCCCAAGGACUGCUCAGAGAACAUCGAGGUCAAGGAAGGGGGGUUGUGCUUUGAGCGGCGGCCCGUGGCCCAGAGCACUGAUGGGGCCCGGGGUAAGAGGGGCUACUCGAGGGGCCUGCACGCCUGGGAGAUCUGCUGGCCCCGCGAGCAGAGGGGCACCCACGCCGUGGUGGGCGUGGCCACAGCCCUCGCCCCGCUGCAGGCUGACCACUAUGCGGCGCUGCUGGGCAGCAACAGCGAGUCCUGGGGCUGGGACAUUGGCCGGGGGAAGCUGUACCAUCAGAGCAAGGGGCCCGGGGCCCCCCAGUAUCCAGCCGGACCUCAGGGUGAGCAGCUGGAGGUGCCGGAGAGGCUGCUGGUAGUUCUGGACAUGGAGGAGGGAACUCUGGGCUACGCAAUUGGGGGCACCUACCUGGGGCCAGCUUUCCGCGGACUGAAGGGCCGGACCCUCUAUCCGGCAGUAAGCGCUGUCUGGGGCCAGUGCCAGGUCCGCAUCAGCUACCUGGGCGAAAGGAGAGCGGAGCCACACUCCCUUCUGCACCUGAGCCGCCUGUGUGUGCGCCACGCCCUGGGAGAUACCCGGCUUGGCCAGGUAUCUGCUCUGCCCUUGCCCCCUGCCAUGAAGCGCUACCUGCUCUACCAGUGAUACCACAGACUGCGCUGGGGCCUUGACACCCCUCUCCCCUGGGUGGGGGGAAGGAGGCACUGCUGGCCUAGACCAGCUACAUCAAGCCAGUGAGGGUGGGGGAGGUGAGGCUGGGCCCCUACCCCAACCCAAGCUCCGGAGACAACAGCCCCAGAGCCACCCAGAGGCAGGGUGGAAGGGAGGAGCUGUUAUUCAAGGCUGUGGCAGCCUGGUACGAAAGACAUUUUUUCAAGUAAAAAUACUAAGAGAUGUGCUGUUG